AUGUCUUAUGAACUCUUGAUUCUCCCGAAAAAAUGGUUAUUUACCAAUGAUGGCCCGGAGAAGUUCAAUGUACUUGCUAAUGUCAUCAACAAGGCAUACUCCAAACCCAUGCAUAAGUACGGAAUCAUCAAUUCCCCACGAAUCAAACAGCCAGCCAAAUUCUUGGACGACUUACAAGUCACCGAGGGAAAAGAAUGUUUCAUCACCAUUCUCCUAGGAACAGAUGCUGUUUUCUCUAAAAUCGAGGCUGAAACCGGCUUCAAGCGCAAAUUUCACUACGAUCUUUAUCCAUUGUCUACAAGUAUCAAUUCAGACAUCCCUAAAGAGUACAAGCCAUACUUUGGACCACUUCUGCCUGAUUCUAAUGUCAAAAUUAUUGUCGCCGAUGCCUCAACUACAAUAGAUAACGCUCUCGCAGACCGCAUAGUGGCUGUAUGUGGAUACAAGUCGUAUUCAGACGAGGAAAAGACUAUUGAACGUGCUGGGGUAAAAGAGUACGAAUUGACGACUUUUGUGUCAUUUAUGAGUGGGUCGGGUCCUGAAUUGCUCAACUAUACCCUUGCAAACUUUCUUUGCACACUGGAAAGUGAGUUUAUUGACUUGAAAAAUGCUCAAAAAUGCAUUGUGUAUGCUGUGGUCAUCAGGGAACAUGAUUUGGUUCGUUAUUACACAACAAAAUGUCAAUUUGAUCUUUUUGGUAAGCCUGACAUGUGUGUACCGAUGUCAGGUGAAGGUUCACCAUUAGAAUGGGGAAUUGUCUCCACUAGAGACUUCCAUUUGUCCUUCUUACAAAGGGAAGUUCCUUUUAAAAAGAAUUAG